AUCUGCGUAAGAGCCACAAACGACGACCUUUCUCUACUUGCUGAUCACGCCGUUUGCUGACCACGGGGGCAUUGAAAGGAACAGCGACCACCUCGGCGACCGGGCGAGCAACUAUAACGUGGAUGAAGUAGCUGGCAAGCUGAACUCGCGAAACGACUCUACUUGCACCCAAUUAGCUGGCUAACCGGUCCCGAAAUGGACGACGCGGAAGCUGCCAAGAGCGAAGCUGAAACCGAAAGGGAGGAGUGCGAAGAUGAAGACGUGCCGAUCACGACCACGACGAAGAACGCGUUGAUAACGACCCAGCUUGGCCCCUGCGACAUUUAUCCGCAUCGCGUCAAGGUGUCGAUCGUCGGCGUGGGGAAGAUUGGAAUUGCUUGCGCCAUCGCGAUCCUGAUGAGAAGGAUGGCCAGCGAGGUCUGCCUGAUCGACCACGACGCGAACAAGGCUUCUGCCGAGGCCGAGGAUAUUCAGCACGUCGGCGUUUUUUUGGGAUGUCCAUUAGUAACUGGCACGUCAGAGAUCAGUAUGGUGAAGGAGUCGGCAGUGGUGAUAAUUUGCACGAACGAAAUCGAACCUGGCGAGAAGCCGAAUGUGAAGCACAAUUUGAAGGUCUUCAAGAAGAUUAUACCUGCCGUGGCAAAGUUCGCGUGCAAAUCGGUUCUCCUGGUCGUUACGCCACCGAACGAGGUGAUGUCCUACGUCGCUUGGAAACUGUCGGGAUUUCCCUCGAACCGCGUCCUGGGUGUCGGCACUGUGAUAGACUGUGUGAGAUUUCAAGAUUACCUGAGCCGAAGGGUAAACGUGGCGCGAAGUUCAGUCAGUUGCAUGGUGGUCGGGGCGCAAGGCGACAUGGCUGUUCCCAUAUGGUCGAGCAUCCACGUAGGUGGAAUGAAGCUUCGCGAUAUAAAUUCGAGGAUAGGCGAGCGAGACGAUCCCGAGAAGUGGUACGAAAUCGCGGACAACGUGAAGAACGUUGGCGCGCAACUGGAGGGGAAGAAAGGAUCGUGCUGCUGGGGAGUCGCUGUCUCCACGGCGGAGAUCGUCGAUGCCAUUGUUAGGAACACCAAAGUCGUACUUCCCGCGUCAACGCACAUUCUCAGUUGCGCUCACGGCACAGACAAGGACGUGUACAUGUCGGUGCCCUGCGUGAUCGGUCGAGAGGGUGUCUACUGCACGGUGCGGCAGAAGCUGUCGGAACAUGAGAAAUCCGCGGUGCAGACGUGCGCUGACAGUAUUCGAGGCAUACUGAGAGAAUGCGGGAUCCUGCAGGAGACAAACAACGAGGUGGAACAGUGAAAGACGAGCGAAGAGGGGAAGAGGAACCGUGGUAGCAGAGUCGCGAGACUGGCUGAGUGGACUGCCUGCUACCGGAAAUUGUGCGGCAGGAGCGCGAGAUCGAGCCGGAGGAAGCGGCGUUUUAGAAGGCGUCUUCAUCAAUAACGAGCGCGCGCACCUGGCGACCGGUUCUCUGUACGCGUACUCGGCAUAAUAAAUGACACAGUACAGGAAUUGACUUCCUAGAAAACUAUCGCGUCCCUCGCGAACGACCGCGGUCGUCGUUCGUCUGCUUUGUGAGUCGUAUU